AUGCCUGAACCAGGGGGUUCAGUAGAGGCACCAGAGAAAUAUACGAUGGAUGAGAACAAAGAACAGGUCACUGUCGCUUCGACUUCGAGCCCCUCGCAAACGUCGGAAAACGUCGGUCUCUUUGGAGAAAUUCGGAAAUAUCCCAAGAUCUCUGCCUAUGCAUUAGGUCUCGCCCUCGCCUUCUUACUCACCGGAUAUGACACAGUCAUUCUUGGAACUAUCACAGCCGUGCCAUACUUUAAACGCGAAUUCGGCGAACUGUACGACAACUCCUUUAUCAUCCCGUCAGCAUGGCUAUCCAUCUGGAGUGCAAUCAGCCCAAUUGGUUCGAUGGUGGGUGCUGCUGCCGCUGGCUGGUUUCAAGAUCGAGUCGGUCGUCGGUGGUCUCUUGCCAUUAGCUGCGUGGUGUGCGCUGUUGGUAUCGCCAUCGCGUUUUGCUCCAACCUACCCGCUGAGAUGGCUUCUAGACGUGGGACCUUCCUCGUUGGAAGGGCUGUCCAGGGCUUAGGGGUUGGAGGUGCGAUGGCUGGUGCCCAGACCUACUUGUCCGAGACGGUUCCGACCACUCUAAGGGGAUCUGCAAUGGCCUUGUCGCCCACAUUCAUGCUCCUUGGAGAGCUCAUUGGUGCCGCUGUUAUCUUUGCUUGCGAGCACAGGGACUCUUCGUCGGCUUAUCUUAUUCCCUUCGGUACCCAAUGGAUCACGACUGCUUUGCCCUUUGUGCUGGCCAUUAUUAUCCCAGAAAGUCCGUCGUACCUGUUACGCAAAGAACAGUACGACAAGGCUAGCGAUGCGAUGAGGUCUCUCUAUGAUGCUAAUAUGGAUGUUUCACCAUUUCUGGAACAGAUGCGCUUGUCGAUUAUUCAUGAGGAGGACAUUUCGGCUGAGAUUUCUUACCUCGACUGUUUCAAAGGAGUCAACCGGCGUCGCACAGCGAUUGUCGCCUUCGCCUUCAUGGUUCCUAGUUUGUUCGGUGUCCCUCUGUUGGCAAGCGCAAGUUACUUCAUGCAGGUUGUUGGCAUGUCAUCGAGUCUCAGUAUAAUCAUUCUGCUUGCCGGAAUUGUUUUAGGUCUUCUUGCCAAUGCUGUCGGUAUAUGGCUCGUAAGUCGCUUCGGAAGACGUCGCCUGAUGCUUGUCACGCUGGCCAUUGCCACAGUCAUUUGGUUGAGUAUGGGAAUUGCAGGAUGCUGGUCUGGAAAUAUUGUGAUCUGGUAUACUGCUGCCUGUAUGAUGGUCGUCGUCGCUAUUUGUGGAAUGGGCGUGUGGCCCGCAUCAUUCGCAGUUUCCGGAGAAGCUCCAUCUCUCCGUCUCCGUUCCAAGGCACAGGGAGUCGGAGUUUUAUGCUAUAUGCUGUCGAAUGUUGUCUUCAACCUUAUUCUGCCAUAUGUUUAUAACACAGAUGAAGGCGAUUUGAAAGGGAAGACUGGAUUUGUAUAUGCCGGGCUGUGUUUCUUGGCUUGCGCAGUGACCUGGCUUAUUGUCCCAGAGAUGAAAGGCCGCACAGCCUUAGAGAUAGAUGCAAUGUUUGAGGCGGAUCUACCAUGUCAACAAUUCCCGGAUUGGUCCAGCGAGAUGGAGUUUAUCAAAGGCGAUGGAGUAUAA